GGCGGGGAGCGCGGCGGGGCGCGGAGCGGCCCCGGAGGAUGGGUUGUGCGGUGGCAGGUGCUGGGCUGGGGACUCUCUGGGGCAGCUUUCUGCUCGCUGCCAGCCUUGCCCUCGAUGCAGCACCCCAAAGCUGCAACUGCACGGAGCCCAUGGACUUCCAGGCUUUCCAGGAAGCUCCACUCCCUGAAAGCUGCUGCCUCAACUUCACCAGCUCCAACAUCACCCACCUGGACUGGGGUGCACUGGUAGGGGUGAAAGGGCUGCGGGAGCUCUACCUCUCGCACUGCAGCAUCACAGAUAUCACCAAUGCACAGGGAGUCCCCCCUGCCUUGGAGAUCUUGCACUUAAGUCACAACCUGCUGGAAAGUCUCCCUGGAAGUUUUCUGGAAGAUGCCCCUAAUUUGAAGAUCCUUUAUCUGGACAGCAAUCAGCUCCAGGAGCUGCCCAAGUCCUUCCUGAAAGCAUCAACUCAGGUCCAGGAGGUCUACCUGGGCUCCAAUGCCCUGACCAUCCUUCCCACCAGCCUCCUGAAGCCAUCUCUGCUUCAACUCCAGCUCUCCAAUAACAGCUGGGACUGCAGCUGUGCUUUUCUUAGCAACCUGGAGGGUUGGCCCAGCUUGGCUGCUGAGGUUAUCUGCCACACACCAGAGCGGUAUCACGGAAUGGACCUUCAAAGCAUCCCCCGGGAUGAGCUGUGCCGCUCACACAACCUCACUGCCCUCUUCAUCUGCCUGCCCCCUCUCCUCAUUCUUGUCAGCAUCACCUGGUGCUUCUGCAGGAGGAAGAGAAAGACCAACUACAGCAUUCAGAGGAGAUCCCAGAGCCACACAGCUACAGCAGAGAGGGGUGACAUUCCGGUGCCUGCAGAACCCCACCACUACGUCCCCUAUGAACUGCCUGCUGUACCCUCUGAGACUGAGAAGAACGUGCUGCUGGGGAGCAAGGUCCUGCUCCAGCCCUCUGCAGACCUGUUGGAGAGCAGCAAAGAUCUCUAUGAGGAAGUGGAGAUCCAGGUGGGAUCCUCCAGCUGUUCCCAGGUGCCAGCCCGUAAAGGGCAGCAGGGCAGGGCAGUGGGCAGGCAACAGGACACCCCAUCACAGAGGGCAGAGGAGCUGGGGAGCAGCGAGCCAGAGGUGGACACAGUCAGCGUGAGUGAAGUCCUAAAGGACUCUGCUGACAGGGAAAAGAUGUACAUGAUCCAGUCAACCAACUAUUACAAUUUAGUACCUGGCAUUGAGCUGGAGGAUUCAGACAACAUCGAACUGGAGUACGAGAGCAUUGACCUGCACUGAUGCCAGCACUUUGCCAGGAGGAUGGCAGGAGCCAGGUGGUAGUGAAAGCCAGCAGAGCAGGAGAGGCAUGAGCUGCCCUGCCAUGGCUUACAGUAGCUGUUUGCAAAGCUGAACCCCCAAAUUCCCAUCCCUUCCCCUGUCACACUACCAUGUGUAUCCCUCGCUUGUCAUGUGCUGCAGCUGGGUUGGGAUGCCAGGGUGCUUUGGGCAUGGGGGACCCUGCUGCAGGCUGGCGUUGUCUGGGGACCUAUGAGCUGGUAGUGCCCAAGGAAGGAUGUGGAGAGGAGAUGUCUGUUUUUGGGGACCAGGUGACACUACUAUGUGUGCCAGACCCACUGAUCACCCAGGGCCUCCAUCUUCUCCCAGCAGAGCGAGAUGGCAGAGAACAGGGUCUGAGGACAUGAAAGGGAUCUGGGUCUGUCUACAUGAUCUGUUGAGGGUGUCACAUGUGGACAGGGUGCCCUGGGCUUGACACCCAGGGGAAGCCUGGGGUGGCCCUGCCUGCUG